AGUUCCCAAGUUGGUUGGAAAGAGACGGGACAGCCUGCUGUAUCUCUCACCUUCUCCGGGGUCUGGAGUAAAGUUCCCCAACACGGAGACGGGCGAAGCCUCUGGGGGGGCCAUGUCUGGGGGCGGUGCUGCCAACAACAGUUGGACCAUCCUCACAUCUGAGGAGACAGUUGCUGAAACCCUGAGGCCCCUUGAGGAGGGAGCAAAGCAGCAUGAAGAGAGCCACACAUCUGCCACAGGACCUGGAGAAACAAAUCAGCCUCCAAAUAGCGCCGAGUCUGCAGAAGAAAGACUCCCAGAGGAGGGUUACCUAGUUUCUGAAGAUCAAAAUGCAGAUUCCAACUCAAAUCCUCCAUCUGUGGAUGCCUCUGGCACCUUGGACAAUGGUAUUAUUGAGAGCAAAACUGAGGGACUGACAAGGUCUUCCCCUGAGCCAGAUUCGUCCUCUGACUCCUACACCCUUCUGACGCCUUCCCAAGAUGGGCCCCCAGACUCACUGCUCAGCACAGAGACUCUUGGAGGUGCAGAGUUUUCACCGGCAGAAGAGGAACUUCGACUCGACGAAACGCUUCAUCUGCAAAAUAAAGAGGUGCCAAACCAAGAGGGACAGCAGUCCGGAACUGGUGAAAGGACAGACGAGGGAGAGUCGGUGGAGAGGAGGAGAAAGUCUCUCCUGGAGCAGAUUGGGCGAAAAGAAGAGGAGGAAGAAGAAGUGGAAGAAGAAUUUCAGGUGCCACAGCGAGAGAAUGACGGCAUGUUCUCUCUUAACAAAUGCAUCCUGGCUGCUCUCAUUCUGUUGGGGCUCGGCACCGUCUUUUUCUCUGGUGUCUUCAUGGACUUCGAUGAGGAGGGUGACUAUACAACAAGGGAACUGAAGGAUACAGAAGCACCAGGGAAACAGGAGUGGCUUAGUCCCGAAGUAGCUCCAGGUUUAGAUCACAACAGCUCUGAGCUCCUUAAUAAGUUAGCAGAAGGGAACCAGCAGAUUUCUGCACUACAAGCUCAGCUUCAGGUGUGACUCCAUUCUCUAAAAGUAGCCAAGGAGCAGGCAGGAGGAGAGGAGCAGCGGCUGCUCUGGGAGGAGGUGGAGAAGGAAAACAGUAGGUUGAAGACAGAGAUUGCAUCUCUCCCUGCCCUUCAGAAAGAGAACGACAGGAUGAAGAAAGAGCUGGAGUCUGUCCCGGCCCUACAGAAAGAGCUAGAAACCCUGAGAUCCACUGUGACAAACUUAAAACUCUCCCCAGCAGCCGGCGAUGCUGAUCAAGCCGGCAUGAAACACUCUACAUCACCACCUAGUGACCAAACAGAAGACGGCAGGCAGGAUUCAGCUGGAAAACAGCAACAGAAGACUUGGGGAGAUCAGAGGCUGAAGAAAGAUCCAAAUAGGGUUAAAUAUGAAAUACAUGACAAAAAACAGCAGAAGGGGAAAGAUAAGUCUGUUGGGAAGGAAGGAAAUGGAAAAGAGCUUAAAAAGGGAGAUAAAGUGGAGUGGAAGAAGGGAAAACUUGAACAUGGGAAGCUUGAGAAUGACACUAAGCCAGGUAAGCAAGAAGCAAGUGAUGAGGCAAGUCCUUGGAAGCAGAAAGAGUUAAAGAGAAAAGGAGGAAGAGGAGAUAACGGUAGACCCCUGGACAAGGAAGGUAGGAAGUUGAAGGAAGACAGAGACCGGAAAAAGGGAAACUUUGAGAAAGUACAUGAACAUAAAGAAUGGACAGGUAAGGAGAAAGAGGAGUGGCGAGGAGGGAAGCAUCGCGAUCAGAAGAUGAAAGGAGAGAUGGAGUGGAAGAAAGGGAAACAUGGAGGCAAAGAAAAGCAGGAGAGAAAAGAUUGGAAGGAGAAAGGCGAUAAGAAAGACCCUGAGUGGAGAAAAAUUGGUAAGGAAGGGAAAGGAAAGGGUGAGAGGAAGCAGUGGGACAAUAGCAAAAGUCAGGCUAAAGAAAGGACGGUGGAUGAGAGGAAAGAGUGGAAUGAAUAUGAGAGGAAGAGCAAAAACGAAGAAGAGAAGAACUUUAGGAGGAAGGAUGAGACUUCAGAACAGUUUAAGAUCAAAAACAAACUGAAGCAUAAUGUAGACUGGGAAAAAGACCAGUCACACUCCCUUAAAAACAAAGAAGACAAACAUGAAUUUCCAGGUGAUCAUGGCCACAAGGAAGAGCACUUGUAUGGUGAGCGAAAGCCCCAUCACACCCACCCCAAACCCUCCAUAGGACAACCAGAAUACUGGCUCCAACAGAGACGACGCCUCCAACACGACCCCAAACCACCGCAGCAGUGCGACACGCUGGAAACCUGCGCCCAGGCGGAGGGGCUCCGCCCUGUCUCGUUAUCACAGUUCGACUCUGUACUGCAAACCUAUCUGACCAAGAUAGAGGAGGCCGGAGUCGAUGGAUCCAAAACAUCAGAGCUCAGAAAGAUCGCCUUGGAGUUUUUCCAGGAUGGGAUGUUUGUGCACAACCAGAGGAGCUUCCAGGACUUUGUGGACGAUUUGUCGGAUAUUUUGGAAGACAUGGUGGAGGAUGGUGAUGAGAAAGAUGGUGACCUAGAGGAUGAAAUGGAAGGGUUUGAAAAGGAAGUCCUGAAAAUGUUUUCACUUCCAGGUGGCAGGGAGAAGGAGAAGAGGAUUAAAGGUGAAUGGAGGAAGGAGAACAGACAAGAACGUGGCUGAUUAUGAUUUGAUAGGCUGGAGGACAUACUUUGUUUAAGACCAUAAUUACUUCAAUGUUU